UCGUUUGAGGGUGAUUUUACCAAGUGACUCAGCAUGGCACGUACCAAGCAAACCGCUCGCAAGUCAACGGGAGGAAAAGCUCCAAGGAAGCAACUGGCGACAAAAGCUGCUCGUAAGAGCGCACCUGCCACCGGUGGAGUGAAGAAGCCUCAUAGAUACAGACCUGGCACCGUUGCCCUUCGAGAAAUCCGUCGUUACCAAAAAAGUACCGAACUUUUAAUCCGAAAACUACCGUUCCAACGACUCGUCCGAGAAAUUGCUCAAGACUUCAAGACAGACUUGCGGUUUCAAAGUUCCGCUGUAAUGGCACUGCAAGAAGCUAGUGAAGCUUACCUCGUUGGCUUGUUUGAAGACACGAAUCUAUGCGCCAUUCAUGCAAAACGUGUUACCAUCAUGCCUAAAGAUAUUCAAUUGGCUCGUCGCAUCCGUGGAGAGCGUGCAUAAGCUCGCAAUUAAAACGGCCCUUUUCA